AUGUCGUUCACCGAGUGGCCUGUGAGUCGGGUUCGCCAGGAGUUCGUCGACUACUUCAAGAAGCAGGGGCACACAUUUGUGCCCGGCAGCCCUGUCUGCCCGCACGAUGACCCGACCCUGCUGUUCAUCAAUGCUGGGAUGAAUCAGUUCAAAGCGCUCUUUUUGGGCACCGCUGACCCCAACACUGACUUUGGCCGUCUGAAGCGCGCUGCCAACUCACAGAUGUGCAUUCGCGCUGGUGGCAAGCACAAUGACUUGGAGGAUGUCGGGCGCGACACGUACCACCACACCUUUUUCGAGAUGCUAGGAUCAUGGUCCUUUGGCGACUAUUUCAAGAAGGAGGCCAUCCAGUGGGCCUGGGAGCUGCUGACAGAGGUGUACAAGCUGCCCAAGGAUCAGCUCUACGUGACCUACUUUGAGGGAGACAAAAACAACGGGCUGAAUCCGGAUCUGGAGGCGAAGGAACUGUGGGCCCAGUUUCUCCCAGAGAGCCAGAUCGUCCCCGGCAACGCCAAGGACAACUUUUGGGAGAUGGGUGACACCGGCCCGUGCGGGCCGUGCUCGGAGGUUCACUUUGACCGCAUCGGUGGACGCAACGCUGCUAGCUUCGUCAACAAGGACGAUCCGAUGGUGGUGGAGAUCUGGAAUCUGGUGUUCAUGCAGUUCGAGCGUCGCGCCGAUGGCUUCCUCACCCCGCUGCCGCAGAAGCACAUAGACACUGGCAUGGGUCUGGAGCGCCUCACUUCUAUUCUGCAGGGUGUCAAGUCCAACUACGACACAGAUGCGUGGAUUCCUCUCUUUGAGGCCAUCCAGACUGCGACCGGCUACCCCAAGUCGUACGCGGAGAUCCGAAACAACCCCGACAGCGACGCCUUGGUGGCCUACCGCGUUGUCGCCGACCACAUUCGCUGCCUGACGUCUGCCGUGGGCGACGGCGUCAUGCCCGACUCCGUCGGGCGCGGGUUCGUGCUGCGUCGAAUUAUCCGCCGCGCUGUGCGCUACGGUGUGCAGUUCCUCGGUGCCAAGCCUGGCUUCUUCACGCAGCUCGUGGACAGCGUGUGCACCUCCUUGGGCCCAUUCUUCCCGCACCUGAAGGAGCCCCGCAAUAUUCAGCGCAUCAAGGCGGUGCUGGCCGACGAGGAGCAGUCGUUUGCCAAGACAUGGGAGAUGGGGCUGAGGCAUUUCAACCACGCCGUGAAUGAGUGUCGCGCAAACAACUCGAAGGUCAUUAGCGGCUCCGAGGCUUUUGUGCUUCACGACCGGUACGGGUUCCCGGUGGAUCUAACGUGCCUGCUGGCUGAGAAGGACGGGAUGACGGUGGACCUGGAGGGCUUCAACGCGGAGAUGAAGGAAAGCAAGGUUAGCGCAGGCCGUGUGGCGGCCACCAAGACCUUCAUCGACGCGUACCAGCUCGAGGAGCUCAAGACGCGCGGUAUACCGCAGACCGAUGACGUCGCAAAGUAUGUCUGGGAGGACUCCACUGGCGACGUACUUGCUAUCUUCGACAAGAAGAACAGCAAGUUCAUUUCUCUUUUGGAGCCUGGCAACGACCUCGGAGCCGAGGGGGUCGGUAUCAUUCUGAACACCACGAACUUUUACGCUGAGUCUGGCGGCCAGGUGUACGACACCGGCCGCCUGGUCGCGGGUAGCGACAGUGUGUUCGAGGUGAAGAAGGUGUACAACGUGGCCGGCUACGUGGUGCACGUGGGCAGCCUCAGCAAGGACUCUGCCUCCCCGAUCCCCUUGUCCGCGGUGGUGCAGAUGCAGGUGGACUACGAGCGCCGCCUGCCGAUCGCGGCGAACCAUACCACGACGCACCAGCUGAACUGGGUACUGCGCCGUGUGCUGGGGGAGAAGCCGGACAACUUCACAGAGGUGCAGCAGAAGGGCUCCCUCGUGACGGACGAGAUGCUCCGCUUCGAUUUCAGCUACAGCACAAAGCUGUCGAACGAGGAACUUGUGCGCGUGGAGCAGCUACUGAACGAGAAGAUUCAGGCGGGCCUGCCCGUCUACCGCGAGGAGGUGCCGCUGGAAGCUGCUAGCAAGAUUAACGGUCUGCGCCAGAUGUUUGGCGAGAAGUACCCCGACCCCGUCAGCGUCAUCUCCAUCGGCACCCCGAUCAACGAGAUGCUGACGAACCCCGAAAAAGAGGAGUGGCGCGAUUACGCCGUCGAGUUCUGCGGCGGCACGCACCUGAAAAACCUCAAGGAGGCCGACAAGGCGGUAAUAAUCUCAGAGGAGGCUCUCAUGAAGGGCGUGCGCCGCGUGGUCGUGGCCACCAAGUCGGAGGCUGACAAGGUCAUCAAGGCUGGGACUGAACUGAAGGGACAAUACGAUGAGCUGAUGCAAAAAGAGGCGACGGCGACCAGCGUCAAGGCGCUUUCAGUGCUGAACAAAAAGGUGGGUGACAGCUGUAUUCCGCUGGUGCUCAAGAACGAGAUGCGCGACAACAUCGACGCGGCCAUCAAGCGGAUGAACGCGAUCCUCAAGUCGCAGGCUGCGGAGGCAAGGGAUAAAGCUGCAGAAGCAGGCAAGGCCCUCGGCGCGUCGUACGACGCUGCCGCUGCGCCAUUCCUCGUUCACCAGAUGACCGAAUUCGGCGCGGAGCGUGAGGCACUGCAGGCGUUUUCCGAUGGCUUCUCCAGCACCGUGAGUGGACCGGUCGGGGUCUUUCUCAUCGGCAGCGACGACGAGAAGGCGCUCGCGAUUGUGUCCAUGCCGGCCGCUUUUGUGGAGAAGAAGAUGAGCGCCGUCGCGUGGGCCAAGUCCUCCAUUGGCAAGGGUGGCGGUAAGCCCAGCGCCGCUCAGUCUGGUCUCCCCGCCAAGGACGUCGCUGCGGCUGCGACGAAGGCCAUGGAAGAAGCAGAGAGGAUGAAGGCGUCUCUGUAG